AUGACUAGUAAAAAACCAUUAAAAAGCCUCACUGGUAAUAUUGCAGUUUUUAUAGAGAAAGGAGUGAACACUGAGAAACAAAACAAUAUUCCAAAGAGGGUAGAAAGUCCACUUGCAAUGUUGAAAUAUUUUGUGACUCAUACGAGUCUUCAUGGCAUACAGUACGGAGUAGAUGGUCAACUGUAUAAAAUUGAGCGCGUCAUAUGGGUACUACUAGUUUUGAUUGGUUUCAUCUGUGCUUUUUUCGUGACUCUCAAAAUAAAGGAAAAUUACCAAUCCAGGCAAACAGUAGUGACAAUAAAAAAUUUGGAAUAUGGUUUUGAAAAUGUCCCAUUUCCCAGCGUUACCAUAUGUCCUGGCAAUCGAAUCGAUUGGGGCAAAGUUGACGCGUUGGCAGAUGCUUUAAUUCCUGAAAGUAACAAGGAAGAACGAGACGUUUUCGUAGAGAUUCUAAAAAAAAUAUCCAUAUUCGACCGGAACCAUUUGGGUGAACUGCAAAUUCCCACCGACAGUAUCAACAUAACGGAGGUAUUAAUAAAUCUUAUGCCCAAAUGUGAUCAAUUGUUUCACGAAUGCACGUGGAUUAAUGAAAAGAAAAAUUGUUGCGAUUUAUUUGACAUUGAAAAAACGGAGCUUGGAAUGUGUUAUUCGUUCAACUCUUUGACAACUACUGAAAAAAAUAUAGUCGAGCCGUACACAACGAAUAAUUUUGGCAGUGGAAGCGGACUACAAAUUAUGAUUACAAAUGAAAAAUUAAAUCAUGUAGUUGAAAAAGAAAGUAAUAACUGUGAAAUUUGA